ACUUGAGAGCAGCUCAGCAGCGGUAGCAGCCUACCCUGAGUUUUGCAGAGGGAGCCAGCGAGCAAGAAGAGAAGGAGAUUGAAAAUGGCGGCGAGCUAUCUGUGGAGGAAAUACGCAGAUUACUUGUAUACAAAGUGGGAAAGAACGAUUCUUUGGGAUAUGAUAGAGCCCUACAGGAGACCAAAAUCCUUCACUCCUCUUGUUACCAUUUAUGUUGCUGCCUUUUACACUGGUGUCAUAGGCUCUGCCCUCACUGAACAACUAUACAAGGAGAAAUACUGGGAAGAUCACCCUGGUGAAGCAGUGCCUCUCAUGAAGCCAAAGUUCUAUUCUGGUCCUUGGAAGAUUCUAAGAGGAGAAGUACCCACUUAGUGAAUACACAGCAGAAAAGGAGUUUUAUUUUUAUAUACUUUCUUCCAAUUUACUUGCUGUGUCGAUUGUUUAGAUCAAGGUAGGUCUGUAAUUUUGUUAACCUCAAUAAAGCUGUAAUCAUUAUGCUGCAUUAGCUUUAUGUGUGAAAAUGUUCUUGUUCUACGAAAGAACCUCACCACUUAUGGAAUCAAGAAUGUUAUCAACGUGGAACUCAUCCAUAAGUGGAAAUGCAGAUGUUUGAGCUAUAAUGGAGGAUAUUUUUCUCAUCA